CACAAAUUAAUCUCUUAAAGAAACAACACAAUCACCAACGAGAGAGAGAGAGAUCUCAGACGUGGAACGCAAGCAACAAUGGCGUCGAUGACGAUGACUACCGCCUCAUGCCUUCCCUCCGUAGCCGUGAAGCCACCGUCCGCCAUCUCCGGACGUCGCAGAUUCACGGUGGUGAGAGCCUCAACGGCCGGCGAAAACACGACCGCUGGAUUCACGACGGCGAAGCAAGAACAGAGCAAGACGAUGAGGAGGGACAUCGUGUUCGGGGCGGCUGCUGCUGCUGCGGCGACCAUGGCCAAGGCGGCCAUGGCGGAGAACGGUGAGCCGAAGCGAGGAACAGAAGAAGCCAAGAAGAAGUAUUCACCUAUCUGUGUCACCAUGCCCACUGCAAGAAUCUGCCAUAAGUGAGAGCUUUGUGGUUCGUACACAGCUUAAGUUGUUAGCCAUUUUUAUGUCUCUCCCUGUUCUCGGAGUUUCAGUUCGGUCUCUGUCCUUUGUUCUGUAAUGAUAUAAUCGAUCAAUUCACCAAACCCUCUUCUCUCUAUUCAUCGUACUCUCCCUAUAAACUUCUAUCCCAUGAUUGGAUGAAACUUUCAUCUAAUUAGGCCUGAAAACUAAUUGUAUAUCCGAAAUUUUCAAGGUGUAAUUUCAUCUCACUUGAAGUU